AUGAGGACGCUGGUCCUGCUCUGCUGCUUUGUGGCCUCGCUCCUGCUCCCAGGACAAACAGAACGGCAAGUUUCCGCUUCGGGUGGCACGGAAGAUGUUGGCAAUUUGUUGGAGAAUCAUUUCUCUGCUGGAGAAGCAAGUCUAGAGGAGAAGGAAAGGGCGCUUUAUGCAGAGGCGGCCCCUCAAGAGAAGACCCUGCUCCUUCACUCCCCGGAUGGCAGGGAGGCUGAGAGCUCGGAGCAGACAGCCGCUGGGCCCCCUGCCAGCACCAGCCCGGGCCCUGAUCCCGAAUCCAGCCUCUCCAAUGCCUCAGCCUCAGAGUCAGCUGCCCCCAGGGACCCUGCGGGACCUGGGGAGGAAGAAUCAGGCCCACCCAGAGCCAGCAUCCUUCCAGCAGAAGGAGAGGGCAGGCCUGGGGAAGAGCUGGGACUGGGAGAGGGUCCAGGACAGGAGGGGGCUGCCGGGGUGGCUGAAGGGCAGGCUGGGAGUGGCGCAGUCCCCGAGGAAGCUGAGGAGGUUCUAGGGGACCACCCCACACAGGGGGCAGCAGGAGGGACUGUGCAACCAGAAGGCUUGGGAGCCUCUCCUGCCAUGGAGGUCAUGGAGGUUCAUGCCCCUGAGACACAACAGGACAGCCCAGGGCGUGAUCAGGAGCCAGAAGUGCCAGAUGGAGGCUUGGACAUGGACACAGAAACCAAGGAGGGGGCCGAGGACCAGGGGGAGCCCAGCUCAGUCUCAGAGACCAGCCAUGCACAGAGCUCUGAAGCGGGGGACACCCAGGAGGACCACCCCCCUGAGGCCCAGGCCCCAGGGCUGACUGAGGAGGCCCUGGAUGAGGCCUCCUCUGAAGAAGAGAGCGGUGACCACAGUGGAGGCGAGGAAGGAGGAGGAGCGCCAUCUGAAGAAGAAUCUGAGGAGGACAGUGGCGACGGGGAGAGUUCAGAAGAAACUGGGGGCGCCUCAGAGGAAGCCGGGGAACCCCAGGAAGCAGCAGGAACCAUGAGCCCUGGAGAUGAGGGGCCCCAGCUGAGCUCUGAGGAAUUGAAUACAGGGCCCGAGGGAGACGAGGCAGAGGAGCCUAAGGAGGGGCCUCAGGAAGAGGCAGAGGAUGUGAGUGAAGAAGCCCAGAUGAGGGACCGCUCCCACAUCGAGAAGACUCUGAUGUUGAGCGAGGACAAGCCCGUGGAUGAUUACUCUGUGGUGCUGCAGCGGCUUCGAAAGAUCUACCACUCCUCCAUCAAGCCCCUGGAGCAGUCAUACAAAUACAACGAGCUUCGGCAGCACGAGAUCACAGAUGGGGAGAUUACUUCCAAGCCCAUGGUGCUAUUCCUGGGACCGUGGAGCGUUGGCAAGUCCACCAUGAUAAACUACCUCCUCGGCUUGGAAAACACUCGCUACCAGCUCUAUACAGGUGCUGAGCCCACCACCUCUGAGUUCACCGUCCUCAUGCAUGGACCCAAGCUGAAAACCAUCGAGGGUAUCGUCAUGGCUGCUGACAGCACCCGGUCCUUCUCACCCCUCGAGAAAUUUGGCCAGAAUUUCCUAGAGAAGCUGAUUGGCAUCGAGGUUCCCCACAAACUUCUGGAGCGAGUUACUUUCGUGGAUACACCAGGCAUCAUCGAAAACCGCAAGCAGCAAGAAAGAGGUUACCCCUUCAAUGACGUGUGCCAGUGGUUCAUCGACAGAGCGGACCUCAUCUUUGUCGUCUUUGACCCAACCAAGUUGGAUGUGGGUCUGGAGCUGGAGAUGCUCUUCCGCCAGCUGAAGGGACGUGAGUCCCAGAUAAGGAUCAUCCUGAACAAGGCCGACAACCUGGCCACGCAGAUGCUUAUGCGGGUUUAUGGGGCCCUCUUCUGGAGCUUGGCCCCACUCAUCAAUGUCACAGAGCCCCCGAGGGUGUACGUCAGCUCCUUCUGGCCACAAGACUACAAGCCCGAUACCCACUGGGACCUGUUCCUCAAGGAAGAGAUCUCUCUUCUGGAAGACCUGAACCAGGUGAUCGAGAACAGGUUGGAGAACAAGAUCGCCUUCAUCCGCCAGCACGCCAUCCGGGUCCGCAUCCAUGCCCUCCUGGUCGACCGCUAUCUGCAGACUUACAAGGACAAAAUGACCUUCUUCAGCGAUGGAGAGCUGGUCUUUAAGGACAUUGUGGAAGACCCCGACAAGUUCUACAUCUUCAAGACCAUCCUGGCAAAGACCAACGUCAGCAAGUUUGACCUUCCCAACCGCGAGGCCUACAAGGACUUCUUUGGCAUCAACCCCAUCUCUAGUUUCAAGCUGCUGUCCCAGCAGUGUUCCUAUAUGGGGGGCUGCUUCCUGGAGAAGAUUGAGCGGGCCAUCACACAGGAGCUCCCCGGCCUCCUGGAAAGCCUCGGGCUAGGAAAGAAUCCAGGUGCUCUCAACUGUGACAAAACAGGGUGUGGCGAGACCCCAAAGAAUCGCUAUAAGAAACACUAGGUCAUUGUGUCUCCGUUCUGGGGUUCCUGUUGGUGGAUGAGCUUGUGUCCUAACUGUCUGAGAAGUCCUGGUUUAUUAACCCUUUGAGCCACACUGGCAAGAAUCCUUACAUGCCGGAGAUUUGGGAGUUAAUUGAGGCCAGUGGUGGGGGAGCGUGUGGGUCAAGGGAGGCGAGAGGAAACUGUGAAUUAUAUAGUGUGCCCAUCUUCUUGCUUCCGUGGGGGGCCUGACUAAGGCAGGUCAAGCCCCGCCAGUUUUUCCUGGGUCCUAUUGCGAAGGGACAGAAAGCAGCUAAAUUCUAGUGUAUACUGAAGUGAUGCGCG